UGUGCUCCAUCCCCCUCCUUUUCCCCCUCACUCUAGUCCUCUGCUCCGCCAGCAGGGGGCUGGUGGCGCACCGCCAUUGAACAAAACCCUCAACCCAGAUCGGAAACUAAGCCGCCGGCAUGUCGUCCUCCAACGACGCCCCCGUCAGCCCUCGCUCCCAGCUCGUGCUGAGCUGCUUCGAGGAGCUCCUCGACUUCGCGGUGGCGGACGUGGCGUCGGAGUGCCACCGCAUCGCGCGCCUAGGCCUCGACCGCAGCAUCGACGCCGAGGAGGAGGAGCUCCGCCUCUGGGCCGCGCGCGUCGCCGGCGACCACCCCGGCGCCGAGGACGGGGCCACCCGCGGGGCCGGGGGAGGAGGGGGGAACAAGGGCGCGCCCGACGUCUUCGGCCAGACGCACCCCGCCAUCGCCGCCGACGUCGUCGACUGCAUGAACUGCGGUCGCCCCGUCGUCGCCGGCCGCUUCGCCCCGCACCUCGAGAAGUGCAUGGGCAAGGGUCGCAAAGCUCGCGCAAAGACCACAAGGAGCAGCACAGCUGGACGGAACAGAAACAGCAAUGGGGAGGAGCAUAGCAACCAUACAUUCCAGGAGUCCUGAUCGCAAGCUGUGCUUCUGUCAUGCUAUCGGUGCUUGAGCGCCGUACGAGGGCGAAGCGCGUUACCUUAUCAAUUUGGCUUGCGUGCUACUAUCUGUUGCCUCGAGUCCUCUGUAUAUUAGGGCUUAAGAAUGUUUUGUUUAUCAAGUGAAUUCUUGGCCAUCCUGUAUAGCUAAUUCCUUCCAGUAAGUAAUACAGUUCGUUCCAGCACCAAGUUAUUUGGUCGAGUAAAUUG